AUGCCAAAUGUUAAGUUGGUUGAAAAGAAAAUUGGACGAUUGACAGCCAAUGUCAAACCAAAUACUCAUAUCCGCCAAGAAGUGACUGUAGCGCCGGAAACUCAUCAUGUCAUAAGAUUUGAUCCGGAUUUACUUGUGGAUAACGAAGAGCCAGCAGUGGAGCAACCCGUUGAGCAACCCGCUGAGCCACCCGAAGAGCCACCAGAAGAACAACCCGUUGAGCAACCCGAAGAGCAACCAGAGCAGAAUGCUGAACUUCCACAACCAAAUCAAGAACCCCAGUAUGUCGGAAUACGGUUUACUGAACCCCUUCUUGUUGAUUAUCGACAACGAUUACUGCAAUCAUCGAUAUAUGAGUUUGUCGAAAGACCGGAACACAUUCGAGAUAUGCGCGAAGUGCGAAAGUUGGGAGAAGUAAUGAACACUCAUGAAUUUCUACGAAAUCUACUAGUUCAACCAGUGAGACCUGGGAGGAAGUUUAAGCCUGAAUCGCCAUUUUUUGAAACGUGCCAAUAUGUGGUCACAUUUCUUCAACCGCAACCUCGUAUUUUUGUCGCGAAAAAAACAUUUGGAACACAGUUUUCAACUAUAUCAUCGAGAGGCCACAAAGAAAUUACCAUGAACGGUUCGACCAUUUCUUGCGACAGGGCUGCUGUCACUGUGAUGCAAUUCAUUGAUGAAGUCCGACAGAAUAACACACUCUUGUGGAGAGCUCUGCUUCUUCAAUCGUUUCAAUUCAUCACUAGCCAUAUAGAGAAGAAAAAAAGGCAAUUCAAGGAGUUAUUACAAAGUGAUAGACAAUUAAUCACCAUCACUCAUUGUUUCUAUAAGUACAAUCCGGAAGCUAUUGCCAAGAUGAGAAAUGAAUGUAGAGUGUUGAGCGGCAAUGUGAACAGCUACAAUCCGUUCUUGCACUCGAAAUUGCCUGAAACUGUGACGCAAAUAUCGGUCAAAUUAGAGAACGUUUCUCCACUGAUGAAUCAAAGAGUUGAGGAAGUUGCUAAAGGAGAUAAAUCAAGAAAAUGGUGUAUCGAGAAAGACUUCAUCGACUUACCAUCGUCUCUGGAAAGCUGGAUAAAGGCUUGCGACAAAAAGAGCCGUGAAGUCGAAUCGGACUUUAUCGCCAAAAACUAUGGCCCAUUUAAAUCUUCAUCAACUUAUGAAUUUUCAUCAACACACUUUUUCACAUCUUCAAAGAAAGAAGAAGCCGAAGAAUUGACGAGCGCUUUACGAGGAGGCGUUCAAAUUUUGCCAAAUGUUCAAGUGAUUUCGAAAGAUAUGACCGACACGGAAAGUUUGAAUGAUUCAAAAGUUUUGAAUAAAGCCAUCGCGCGAAUAUCACGCAUUUCGAGCUGGGACCAAUUGACUAUGAACUUGGACGAUGAGCAUAGAAAGAAAUUCGAAUUAGUUCUGAGCCAAUGUAUUAUCCAUUACGCCGCAAAAAAUCGUCGCUGUGUCAAACCCUUAUUUAAUAUUUGGGGCAACUCGAUCCCUGGAUUCAACGGGGUCAGACUCACACAAAAUACCAUUUUCGAUAUCCUUCAAAUGAGGAGACAACGGCGUCAGCAUGCCCAGAAAUUGCGAACACUGACACAAGAAGGAAUGCCGGACAAAUUUCCUUGUCAGAAUGUUCGAAUGUACCACAUGAAUGUUGCUUUUGCCGAUGGAAAUAUGAACACGAGCUGUAAUGAAAAUGUGCCAAGCUAUUCGAACCCGGGAAUAUCUCGAUCAGAGCAGAAGGAGACGUGGAGUCGUCUGAAAAAAAUGGCGCAAAAUCCUUCGCAAGGUAUUCGUUGGAUGAGCGGCAGCAAAAGGAACGCACGGCGUUUUAAUAUGGUUCGAAAAGCCGUUAAUCAUCCAAAGAUCAAUUUGAAAAUCCACGAUAUUUAUUUUCAUCGCUUAAGGAGAAUCACAAAUUUUAAUCAAAUUAUGAUGAAAAACUUCCCGGGACUUGCUUCACUUUUGCUAUUCAGCAAAGGAAUCGAUUUAAAGAGGAUACUUAAAAUGAUAUUUCUGGACGACGAAAAAAUCAAAUCUGAUAUGAGAAAUUUAUUAGUGCGCCAAUUGCUGUGGAAAUUGCAGAACCCAACCAAGUUAACCUCUGGUCCCUUCGAAGCACUACCCAGUUUUGCAGAUCCCUUGUUAAUUGAGCGAAUGAUGAACAAGGGCAACAGUAUUGAGCAAAUUCUUACCAAAUUGAUUCCUUUGAAUCGUAUCAAAAAUCGAUCAACAUUUGGAAAGCUUGACAAAGAAUUUGUGGGUCAAUUACUUGCCAUGGAAAUGGAAGAACAUCCCGAGGAGCUCAUUCAUGAAUAUCUUUGCGAGAAGACCGAAUUAAAACAUGCUCAAGAAAUGCCGGAUCUUAACAAUAUUAUGAGCGACGAUUUUGGAACUCCAAGUUUUAAUGAUCUUCUCGGUUUCAUUGGCACAAUAAAAAAUUCGGGUGUGGCUCACAGUUCCAUGUCGUCACCUGUUGGGGCGCAACUAGAGCGAUUGAUGAUGGGUAAUUCAAUGUUAGACGACGUUGAAGAAGCUUUAGAAAAUGAAGAAGCUAAUGUUGACAACAAAGAAUGUUCAGAAAAAGCGGUUGUGCUUCGAGAUAAAACCAUUUUUCAUGGUGUGGUCAACAAUGAAGAAGAUAUUCAAAAUGUUGAUGGAAACCACGUCGACAAUGGCAAUCCGCCAUUUUUGUUCAAUAGACGGAAUGUUGUUGAUAGCAGGGAAGCCGAAGGUCUCAAUGAAAAUGGAAUCACUUUCACUGACAAUCAGCGAAAGGAGAUCGCAAAUGGAAGCAACACAACAAAUGAAGACGUCAAUGUACAUAAUUCUGAGAAUGUGGAAGAUUUUCCUGAAUCGUUUCUUGAUUCUGCAUUCUUGUCAAGAGAUUCACUACCGAUAUUGACUCCCGAUGAUGUUGAUUUUUCUCUCGGACAUAUACCCGAAAUUGAUAUGUCCGAAUUCGACAAAUUGUCAGAUUCCGAAGAUGAUGAUUACGAAUUCUUCUAUAAGAAUCCGACGAACGCUUUGGAAGCGGCAAAGCAAAUUAAUCAAUUUUAUGAUGCGUUUACAUCGUAUUUGGCAGUAGCCAUUAAUUCUGAAACGAGGAAUAUUUAUAUAGUUGAACAAAUCAUCAAGGUGGUCGACGCAAUUCAUUUUGAAAAUAACUCUCAACAAUAUUUGAAGUUUCCAAGCUCAUUUGAAGAAGAGCUGAAAAGUAUUUCAAUUCGAAGACAGCUUUGCAAUGUUUUAGAGAAACGCGUGGAAAAGUUUAAAACAAAGCUUGUUUCGGAAAUGUCGAAAAAUCGCACAUAUAAAAAGAAAUGCGAGAAAUUAAAAGUAGAAAAGAUCAUGCGAUUCCAAGAAGCAGUAGCUGAAGCAAAAUUGAUGGUUGCGAAGGACAUGAAUCCCGUCUAUCUACGCGAAGACACACUUACACGGGUCACGUUGACGGAUAGGUGCUUCAUUUCUUAUCGUCGCAAUAAAGCUCUCAUUGACUAUAUCAAGCUUCGGGCAACGAAAGGACCAAGGAUGAAAAAAGGUUUAUGGGAUGACUUGCGACGAUUGAGCACUGCUACUCCAUUAUCCUGUAAAUAUUUAUCGCGAAGGAAGCCCAGAAUACCCUACAUGUUCUCGACGUUUGGAUUUGGAAGCAAUUUCUGCGAGAAGAGAAAAAUGACAUUUUCGGGCAAUCUGGAAAAAUUUGAAAAAAAGAGAGCACGCACAUUUCGACGAAGGCAACUACACGAAAAGAAUGUGUUGAAGAAGGCGAAGAAUGAGCUCUCGAAAUUCACUGGAACUCGCUUGAUUUUUAUGGAAAACGAUUCGCUACUCGGAAAAAAGUUUCCCGGAUAUGACCUAUUUGAGAAUUAUUUCUGCCAACUUCUUCACCAGCUGAAUGUGUUUGCUCUUAAAAUGAUCGACUUUUCGGAUCUCGAUAAGCUCAAUCAACUGUCGAGACAAAAUGUAGAAGAGCAACUUGCUGUUAAUGCCUGUGGAACUGCAAAUGUCGUUGACGUCAAUGAUGGAAGCGUCUAUGUGAAAAAUACAAAGGACUUCGCUGCUAAUGUGGCAAUUGUCGAUGGAAAUAAUGAUUGUCAGACUACUAAAAAUUUCGAGGAAAAGGGUCAUGAGGAAUCCAUUGUCGUUGAUCUCGCUGAAGUCAAUGCUGAUAAUCAUUUUGUUGUCGAUGAAGACAUUGGCGUUGAUGCUAAAAGAAAGGAUGCUAACACUAACGGCUCUUCUGAAUCGAAUGGUUUCACUCAUGAAGACAGCAUUCCAGAUGGCAAUUUCGAACAUGAUGCAGGCAAUCGCAUGAGAAGCUACAAUCCCAAAAAAUUGAAAGAAGAGCCGUCUACAUAUGAAGAAUUAUUAAACGACGAGAUUGAUUUUGUCACCAAUGAUGGCGGAUCAAACGGAAAAAAUCACAAUAAAGCGACGAAGCCAGUAAAUAAAUCAUCAGAUGGUGAUAAAGAAUGGCGUAGAAGACCAAGAAAGAAGAAGUCUUUUGUGAAAGGAAAGAAUAACAAAUUAAAUGAAGGAGCUGAGAAAUUAAACGGCCAAGAUAAAGAUGAAAGAAUGGAAAAACCAGAGGAGCCAGAGCAACCAAAUGAGCAUGCAAAAUUUGAAACAGAACAGCCGAAUGUGACGAUUCCGGGAUCUUCAACGCCAAGCCAGCAAAUUACGGAAAACCUCGAAAUUAAAAUUGAGGAAUUAGACGAGCUUGAAUUGAAUGUUGAUUUCCACACUAACAACGUUGGAAUUGUCUUACCUGCCGAUCAGGCCGUUCUUCAAGUUGAAGUAGCCAACUUAACGCUCCAUCCAAAAAGUGUUGUGAAUUGUGUCACCAAUGAAGAUCACAGUGGUUCUCCAACCUCCUCAAAGUUAGAUAAUCUCACAUCGAGUUCCAAAAAGUCCCGUCGAAGCUCAAAAUCAAAACCAAAUAUUAUCGAAUUUGAUUGCAAUGGAACUGAAGUUAGAAAAAUUAGAGGCCGUCCGAGAAAAUAUCCUCCAAAUCACAAAAGAGUCUAUCCCAGAAAAAAGAAAACAUCGCCGAAGGAUGUAGAACCAGUGGACAAUCUUCCAUCAACCUUAACUGCCAACGAUAUUGAGCCAAAUAUUGAAGAAUUGAGUUCGUUGGAUGCUGCAUUAUCGGCAAUCAAACGAAAAUCUUCAACACCGUCGGAGUUAGUAGAGCCAGACAGUAAAAAGUAA